AUGCAUUCGUCCGAUGAUGAUAACAACAAUAAUUCUCUUCGCAAUGUCCUUUUUGAUGCUGCUGUACAAUUAAGUGUACCGACAGUGACAUCAACAGCUUCAGCAGCAACAAAAUUGCGCGCAAACUCGGCCACAGCAGAAACACUCUUAAUUCCUUCACGGUCACGGUCUACUUCAAGUAAAUCAAGAUGUAGUCUGUCAUCGAAGUCGACCUAUUUUCGUCGGAAUACAGCUCAGAAAAGCGCCAAAGUUGUACGCGAUGUUGCAACACAAUCGUCACCCAUUUUAACUGUCGAAAAGGGCGCAAAUGAACAAUCAGAUUUAAUCUUAGAUAGUAAUAACAAUCCGACGAAAACUUCAUCUAUAUCGAGUACAUCGAAAGAGUAUUUGUCUGUUCCACGCGAUGAACAUCGUCGAUCAUCGCCAAGUUCUUCUCCUACACGACACAAACAAUCGUUUAAACAUACCUUACUUGGACUUUGGCAAGGUUUAAAUAAUGACGAAGUUCGUUCAGCGGCUUCAUCACCAAUCGACUCGAAAAAUUUUGAUGAUCGCGUUCGAAUUAGUUCGCCACGAUGGAAAGCGUUUUCUAAAGUCGUUACUUCUCUACUAACAUUUACUAGAACAAAAAAAGGACGAUAUGAAUGGAUUCAAUUAGUUGGUCAUCCAGGAACGUUUAAGGAAGGUUUUCAUGAUGGUUAUAUUCUUAAAGAGUUAUGUGAAUACGAACGAUAUUGUUGUGAAGUACUUCAGAGUGAUCGUUUAAAACAUUUUGUUCCCAAAUACAAUGGAACUGUUAAAGACGAAGAAGGAAAAUCUUAUAUUGAAAUUGAAGAUUUAUUAGCACCGUUUAAUGAUCCAUGUAUCAUGGAUUGUAAAAUUGGCGUGCGAACUUAUCUGGAAGAGGAUUUAGAAAAAUCAGAACGCGAUCCUGUACCGAGAGCUGAUUUGUAUGAAAAAAUGAUUGCAAUCGAUUCAAGUGCGCCAACUGAAGAAGAACAUGACGAGAAGAAAAUUCUGAAACCACGUUAUAUGAUCUGGCGUGAAACAUUGAGUUCCAGUCAAGAAUUAGGCUUUCGUAUCGAAGCAAUCAAAAAAUCUCGUGGAUUGAUGUCCAAGGAAUUCCAGCGAAUAAAAUAUCGCGAAGACGUACGAAAGCAAAUAAUGGAAUUUCUCGCCAAUUCGGUCCCACGCGCUACUCGAUAUCUGAAUCGUUUACUCGAACUACGUUCGACAUGUCUUCGUUCGAAAUUCUUCGAAACACAUGAGUUAAUUGGUUCAUCGUUAUUAUUUGUUCAUGAUGCCAAUCGUGCUUCAUUAUGGAUGAUCGAUUUCGGUAAAACGCGAAAAUUAUCUUCCGACAUUCACAUCACUCAUUCUCAAGCGUGGCAACGUGGUACACAUGAAGAUGGUUAUCUAAUUGGUAUAGAUAAUCUCAUAUUACUUUUCCAAGACAUUAUUGAUGAAUUGACAUCAGGUUCUGUUUCGAAUUAG